GUAACUUCAAUCCGAACGACGGAAACGGAAGUGGGAUGACGCCACGUGCCUGUUUGGCUCGCGCUUCAAAUUGAGUGGGUGAAGAUUUUGCAGUGCGUGAGGAUUUAAAACCGUGACCCCGAGUAACAAAAGGUCCCUGCCAAUGCAGCCCAUCACUAACUCCAAUGGAGAGAGAUACCGAGCUGAUCUGGAGCUAAAAUGGAUAGGACAUUUUUGUAAAUAGGGAUUGUAAGAGAUGAACAGUAAUGAAGAACGGGAGAAUUCUUCACUACACCAGGAUCUACAUUUAUUAAAUGCUAUGGAGAAAAGUGUGGACAUUAAGGAAGAGAAGUGUGAGUGGGAAUGGUUGCAACAUCAGUGGGAUGCAUCUAAAAUCAAGGAGGAUUGUGAAUCUGCAACAAAAAGCAUGAAAGAAUACCCUGAACCAACAUCUGAUAGCAGUGACAUGCAGAAAAGUGAAAUUAUAAAUUGUAUCAAGGAAGAAAAUAUUAAAUCGGAAAGUGCAUCUCAGAAUUUCUGUGCGCAUGGAGAUGGCCAUAGAUUAGGUGUCACACGUAGUAGACAGAGCCCUCAACAGAAUGAUUCUCUCCAUGUGAAGUUGGAGUCUUUGGAGGCUGACAUAAAGAGGCCUGAGAAAGCAUCAUGUCAGAGCCACGAAGGAAAAGAUGUAGAAGAGAACAUCAAUGUCUCUUCAUCUUCAAUUUGUCGGUACGAACCUCAGGAGAUUGAAAAUUUGAAGAUAACAUCUGGAUCAGGGGUUUUGAUACUGGACACUUUACAGUACUGUUCCCAGCCUGUUGUGACACUAAAAAGGAGAAACAAAAUGAAUAGAGAACAGGUGGACAAUGCAGAUUCAAUGGUUUUGAAGGACUGCCAAGAGAGGGAAAAAUAUUUUAAACGUAAAUCUAAACGAAAAUGUAAGUGGAGUCCAAUGACACAGAGGACAUAUUGCUGUUCUCAAUGUGGCAAAACUUUUUCUACUAGCAGCAAAUUUUGCAAGCAUACAAGAAUUCACAGUGGAGAGAAACAGUAUUGCUGUUCUCACUGUGGCAAGCAAUUCUACACCAGCAGCAAUCUUCUGGUCCAUUCAAGGGUUCACACUGGAGAGAAACCAUAUUGUUGUUCUGAAUGUGGCAAAGGGUUCUCCACAAAUGCACACCUGAAAAUCCACACAAGAAUUCACACUGGAGAGAAGCCCUAUUGCUGUUCAGAUUGUGGCAAGCGAUUCCCCACAGCUACCCAACUUCAAAUUCACAUAAGAGUUCACACUGGAGAGAAACCGUAUUGCUGCACUGACUGUAGUAAGCAAUUUGCUACCAGUGGCAGUCUUCAGUACCACAGAAGAGUGCACACUGGUGAGAAGCCAUAUUGCUGUGCCGAAUGUGGCAAACAGUUCUCCACUAGCAGCAGUCUUCACAAGCACACAAGAAUUCACAGUGGAGAGAAGCCAUAUAGCUGUUCUUACUGUGAUAAACAAUUUUCCGAUAGUUCAAACUUUCAUUUACACACACGAGCUCACAGAGGGGAGAAGCCAUACUGCUGUUCUGAAUGCGGUAAGCGAUUCACUAACAACCGCAGUCUUCGGAAACACACAAAAAUUCACACCAGAGACAAGUGAGAACAUUUGGGCAUGAUAUGCUUGACAAAGCAACCUUCAUCAACAUAAAAUGGACAUCUAUUGCAAAUGUCAUUCUUGAUGAACAAUGUGUCAUCGGAGAUCUAAAACCAGAAGAAACUUAUAAAUACCUAAAAAGGAGCAGACAAAAAUACAUAUCAACAAAUGCAAUUGGAAAUCACCUAAACCAAACCACUGAAGUAGUGCUAGUGGUGCUGGGAUCAACAUGACUCAUUGAAAACUUCCUGGCAUGAACACUAGCUGCUGCGUCACCAGAUCACCCAAACAUCCUGCCAAUCACUGUAGGACUGUGAGGAACAAUGCAGGUGCUAUGCAUAGCCCUGGCAGUAAAUUCAUGAGGCUAUCAACAGUAGCAGUACAAAACAACUUCAUGACUUGAGCACGAUGUUCGCUGUCCUGAUAGCAAGUUCACACCAUUCUGUUCUUGAGAAAUGAAUCCUGAGAGAAGCAGUAAAGCAUGUGUGGUGCGUAACUAUGCUAACUGGUUAUUAGUUUUUACAUAGUGAACUUUCUUGUGUAAAUUCUAUCAAGUAGUGUUUAUGCAGACUUCUUUCAUAAUGUGAUAUUGUUUCAAAAAAGAAAAUCCAGUGUGGCUUGUAAAUCUUCUGGGAUUUUAAGGUCCUCACCCCUUAUUUGAUUUUUAAUUUUUAAAUGUUUUAACCUGCAUAAAUUGUUUGAAAAAGGGUUUUACAGUAUUUUGCCAUUUUGAGACAAAAUUCUUAAUAUGUUACUAAUACAGUAAGUGCUAAAGUAAUGUGAGACAUCACCCUCAUCCUGAUGCUCAGUCUCUCCUGAAAUAUUCCUUUUUAAUUUUCAAUGCUGCUAUUUAAUUAAAAUUAAUGAAAAUGUAUGUGAAGAAAUGGUGUGUCUUGUUUAAUGUAUAUGAUAGCAAGUAAGAUGAUGCUUUGAGUGAAAGGUGGUUAUUGGUAACCAGUUACAGCAGUUGCCUGUUUGGAGUAGCAUGAUUGGUUAAGAUGCAGGGGAAACAUUAAAUGUGUUGCUGAUUGUGAUUGUGCUUAUGUAACUGUAAGAUGGGUUUUGAAUGCACAAGGGAAUUGCAGAAGUUAGCACAACCUCUUUAUAUACCGAUUCCUCCCCUGGUAUUUGAAUGGAUAUUGCUGGCAGGGUCAUAUAUACUGUAUGUGUAUAAACCGCUAUCUGUCUAUCUAACCACUGAGGGUUGCCAAAAUUAUCAAAAUGUCAAUAAGUAUUGAUUUUAACAUUUAAAAAAUAAUUCAGUGCUAAUUUUUCAUGGUGUCGAUUCUACAGCCUACAUUAAUGCACUUCCAAUUCACUGUGGCUACUGUAGCAUGAUACUUUAUUUUAUUACACAUGAUUCUAAAAUUUUAUUUCAUCAUGUUUACUAAGUAAUGUAAUGCACAUUAACUUUUCAGUACUCUGUAGCAUAAACCGUAGCACUACUCCUCCUCUAUGUGCUUGUAUACUUCCAGCUGUGUUUCAGAAUGUGUAUUUAGCAUGCCAAGGUUCAUUUGUAGAUCAACAGAAGUAAGCAGCAGCCUCGCGGAAAAGUAGAUGAAUAUGCUAGUCUUUCUUGCAAAAAUUGAGAAGUUAAAAAGACAUUGCAG